AUGUCCAAUAAGGAGGAAACCGCUGAUCUCAUGAUCAUGUGCUCUGAACUUUAUAUCUCUGCGAUAGAGGGGCGAACGGAGGAGGUCACCAGGCUAUUAGCUGGAAGCAGCCACGCGACGACGGCGGCUACAAACGGUCGGCCAUCCUCGGCAGCAAGUGCUAAUGCCAUUCACCCUGGACACUGCUGCACUACCCGCGAGGUGGCCGCGGAACGCAGCACGCUCCUGCACAUCGCCGCCGGUCAGGGCCACUGCGGGCUCAUCACCGAGCUCUGCCUCCGGGACAGCGCCCUCCUCUCCUCGGUCAACUCUUCGUUCGACACGCCCCUCCACUGCGCGGCGAGGCACGGGCACGCCGACGCGGUCGAGGCCAUUGUUCGCCACGCCAGGUAUAGCGUGGAGGAGGACAGGCUGUGGGAGCUUCUCGGCAGUAGGAACGAUGCUGGGGACACGGCACUGCACGUAGCCACGAGGCACGGCCGUGGAGAGACGGUGGAGGUGCUAAUGAAGCUGGCGCCCGAGCUAGCCUCGGAGGUGAAUAAUGCUGGAGUAUCGCCGAUGUACCUGGCGGUGAUGAGCCGGUCGGUGCGCGCCGUCGAGGCGAUUGUUGGGUACCAGGAAGCCUCCGCCGCUGGUCCCAUGUCGCAGAAUGCUUUGCACGCUGCCGUCCUCCAGAGCUCGGGUUAG